UCCCCUCCUGCGUGUUGCGCUAAUGGUUUAAUCCGGUCACUUCCUUGUUUUGUGGAAAAGUUUUAUUUUGGAAAGUCUCUGCUCUUUCUCGAUCAUGAAUUUGCGCUAAAUGGUUGGAAAAAAGGGUGUGAAAUGGACUUUAGGGAGAAGUUUCCCCUGCACUGGCUGGUGUGGGAAAACAACUACAGACAGCUGGAAAACCAAAUACGGACGCACAGUGUGGAGGACGUGGACCCGAGAGGACGAACCCCGCUGCAUUUAGCCGUGUCUUUGGGUCACCUGGAGUCGGUCCGAGUGCUGCUGAGACAUGGAGCUCAGGUCACCAAAGAGAACGCCAAGAACUGGACUGUGCUCCAGGAAGCGGUCAGUACCGGAGAUCCGGAGAUGGUGCAGCUGGUCCUGCAGCGGCGUGAUUACCUCAAAGCCUCCACGGCUCUGGCAGGAGUCCCCGAGUUACUGUGCAAGAUCCGAGAGUCUCCAGACUUCUACAUGGAGAUGAAGUGGGAGUUCACCAGCUGGAUCCCACUGGUGUCACGCGUGUGUCCGAGCGACGUGUGUCGUAUCUGGAAGAGCGGCACGAGCCUGCGAGUGGAUGCCACGCUACUCGGGUUUGAGAACAUGACGUGGAUCAGGGGGCGGCGGAGCUACAUCUUCAAUGGAGACGAGAGCUGCGCUGAGCUGAUGGAGGUGAACCAUGACGACGAGGUGGUGGACACGGAGCGCUUCGACAUCACGCGCGAGCUGGACGAGGUCACGCUUGACUCCAUGCAGCCUGACCAGCAGGAAGUGGCCAAGCGGCUGACCACACCCAUCGUCAACACCUUCCUCGACACCAAGGACAUCUCGUUCGAGAGGUGUAAAUCCGGGAUCUGGGGCUGGAGAACGGACCGAAAUGAAGUGGUGAACGGGUUUGAAGCGAAGGUGUUCUCCGUCAACAACGUGAACGUGGUGAUUCGAACGAGGACGGAGCACCUCACCGACGAAGAGAAGGCCAGAAUCAAAAGUGAGCGGAACGUUCUGGAGUCUUUUCUCGGGACAGUAGAGCAGCAGAUCAGUGCUCAGGGGGAUUUAACUCUAGAGUACGCGACGGCGACAAACCCGACAGCCAUCACUCCAGAGGAGUAUUUUAACCCGGACUUCGACCUGAAGGACCGAGACAUCGGCCGACCCAUCGAGCUCACCAUCAGAACCCAAAGAUUUAAGGGGACGUUGUGGAUGAGCGAGGAGCACCCCCUCUCUCUGGUGGAGCAGGUGACCCCCAUCAUCAACCUGAUGGCUCGCACCAGCACCCACUUCGCCCGUCUCCGAGACUUCAUCCAGCUCCGCUUCCCCCCGGGCUUCCCUGUCAAGAUUGAAAUCCCGCUGUUCCACGUGCUCAACGCUCGCAUCACGUUCGGAAACGUGAACAAGUGCAGCACGGAGGAGCCCGCCGACGCGAGCCAGUCAGCCACUACACCUUCACCGACGGAGGAAAAGGAAAGCGAGAGCAGUGAAGCUUCAGGUGCCACUCCGUUCCAAGUGUCCCCCUCUGUUUUCAUGGUUCCUGCUCACUACCACCAGCGCGGGGGCAGCAGACACACACACACACCCCACCCCUCCAACCACGACGAGGAGCUGCUGCAAUACGCCAUCCACCGGAGCCUGCUCGAUUCCAACGGCUUCAGCACACAGAACCCUUGGGGUGACUCGAAUGGCGUUUCGACACCCAGCAUGGUAGAAAGCAUAAGUGAUGGGAACGUCUCAGAAGGCGUCCUCGUGGACGUGAGCGAGACCACGCCCACCAGCACGGACUCCGCCUCCAGCCCGGACUCCGACCUCCGACUGGCCAUGGAGCUGUCAGCCCGAGCACAGGAGGAAGAGGAGAGGAGGCGAAAGGAAGAGGAGGAGGAGCUGGAGAGGAUUCUGCAACUCUCGCUUACGGAGAAAUGACCAAAAGAAAAGAGAGAGAGAGAUGAUGGAAGGACAAAAGGGAAAGUCCAUUUCCUGUUUUGCAGCUUCGGAUCUCGUCGAUGGCACACGACCUCCACUUCCUGUUCUGCCAUGUAUUAUAUCAUGUAUCGUUCUGUUACGCCGACAAACGAUCCGUUCGCUAAGAAAAGAAUCGUCGCUCGUAGCCUAACCUUAAGAACACACUUUCACUCGCAAUCUAAAGACCACAAAAGCUUUUUUUUUUUUUUUGAGUGAUAACACUUUCUGCUGUUAUUUUUCUGCCUUUCCUGAGACGACUCUGAGCUGCUUCACUGAGACUGUGAGAGAGUAACGUCUCUGAAAGGCCAAACACGGUGUCCGGGGGUGUGUGUGUGUGUAAGUCUUUAGGUCUGUGCGUUUGUGUGUCGUAUAAGUAUCAGAAUCGUAAAAAGCAAGCUCUGUCGAGUUUUACAUUAUCUCAGGGUUCUCAUGCGUUCCUUCUGCAACCUUGAAGACACAGAGGAGUUUUGAGACUAGAGAACGUUCCGGUAGCUCCUAAAAAACGACCACUUACAGCUCCAACCUCACACUUAGAUUAGAUGUGAAUUAGGCACGGGCCGAUGAUCCGUGAUGUACUCUGAUGCACGGUGUAGCUGUUUUAACUUCCCAGGAACUUGCCCGUUCCACAGACGGGUUCAAAUGUAACCACAAGCGGAAAAAAAAAAGUACGGCGUAGUUCAUUGACGAAUAAGAAUUGAUAACUUGCUGCAGUAUAAGAGGAAUAAAACGCUUUGGGACAUGCUGUUCUAGGAAAAGAAUCAUCUGUAGCUCGGCUUCAUCCCACGCUGAUUAUUUUACUCUAACAGCACGACACGCUGCGUUUUAUUCCUUAUUAAUUAAAUGCUGACGUUGCCUUGUUUUCUGCUUCUCAGAUGAAGUGCAUCCGUGAAGAUAAUGAAGAUGCAUCCGGUUUCUUCUUUUCGGUUCGGUUAAAAUCCCGUCUGAAGAGGAAGGAUUAUUGUUGGUAAUGUUAUAAAUCAGAAGUCUAGCUAAGGAUUAUAGUGUAAUAUCGGCACAUGUCUAUUUCCGACGCAAGCUAAUAUCAGCUGAUCGACUGUAGCGUGAAGUAGGGUCCUUUUUUAUUUUCCAGCAUAGUUAGCCUGUUUAGGACAUGCGCGCCUUGACUCCAAAAGCAAUACUGAAACCACCGUGCCUCUGCGAGUGACGCGGGACAGGAUUUACAGAUGUUCUGGCGUACACUUCAGCCUGAACUUUGCACCACAGCUUCAGGGUUUGGUGCUGAUUUCUAAAAACUUUGUGGUACAGUAUCGGAAAUUUCUGACAAAGCAUGUCCCAUGGCUUGAAAUUUCCAUCGACUUCCUGUUUGACAGCUGUCUUUUUUUUUUUUUUUUUUUGACGUUUUCUGGCCUUAUGAGACUCUACGGGUGUCUAGUUUCUAUCUAGAGCGUUGGCUUGGCGUGUUAAGAUCCAUCACUGUGAAGAGGUUUCCAACUUUCCCUGCGUCCCCAUGCUGUGUGUGAACCUGUCCGACUUCCCCACACCACUCACAACUGGCCACUCGCAGCACGAGAGAAGGACGAGAGUGGAAACAGGAACAACGUAGCUGGAGACUUGGGGUCAGUUUGAGAUUUUACAGUGCGUUACGUCGGCUCUCCGGGUCGUAGUCAGAGAUCGCAUCUUCAGUCCAAAAGUUACACCGGUAUUUACACAGGGAAAGUUUCUUGUAGUCAGAGUCUGGUUAUACACACCCUUAACUAGAUUCUGCUGUACACGGAUAUUAUUGAAUUCUCCUGCGAGUAGUUCAAGCCUAGAAACAUCCGAGAUGGGAUUUUUCAAUAGCGGGUACCUUUUUAAAAUCAGGGAUAGAAAAUGCAGGCUGAAGAAGGAAAUGGUAGGAUUUCCCUAACCCCACCCCCCUGCUGUCAAAUGUAAUAUGAUGUAAUGAAGUCGAGACGAUUGCUGCGUGACCUACUUGUAAUUAAUUAUUACCUACUUGUAAUUACCACAUUGGGCAGUGGUGUUAAGACGUUGGAUUAAUGAUCUGAAGGCCGUGAGUUCAGCUCCCAGCGCUGCCAAUCUGCCACUACUGGGCCCCUGAGCGAGGCCCUUAACCCUCCACUGCUCAGCUGUAUAAAUGAGAUAAAUGUAAGUCGCUCUGGAUCAGGGUGUCUGCCAAAUGCCGUAAAUGUAAAACGUGUUUCACAUGAAUCACUGUACAUUCGGUUGAAUUGAACAAAAUGGCUUCCGCGCUCAUGAUAUCAUUUUGCAUUAAAAUAAAAUUUCUAUACGCUUCUCCGACAGUUACUUGUUCGCAUGAUGUAAUCAACCUACGUGAUAAUAAAUCGAGGUCGCGCGCAGGACAUAGGCUAUUUUGUCGCGCUGUUGGUUUGUUUUGUUUUUUUCAUUCGCAAUUUUUGAUCGAUUAAUAAUAAUAAUGCCAAAUUCAGAAUGCGGCCCUCAGACUGGACGGAGCACGUUGCUACAUAAACGAAUAAAAUGUGAAUAAAAUAUGUUGUACUUUUGAUAUAUUAAAGAUUUUAUUGUUCAGGUUGAAGUGCUAUGUUUCGGUAAGGGGGAUCUGACCUCACUUAAACCAAAACCAUGAGGUGAAGACAACAAGGGGGUGGUGAUGACUGUAUCCGGAUUGUACGUAGCCGGAUUGUAGUGCGGAUUUUUAACUUCUACUGGUAUUGCAGCAAACAAGAAAGAGUAGCUCGCUCUCGCUCUCUCUCUCACACACACGCUUUGUUAGGAAAAGUGAAAAAUCCUUCAGCAGUGUGAAUGUAAGCAGUAUCCUUAUUUUAUAACAGAAGCAUUAUGAUUUUUUUUUCUGUAAUUAAACCAUACAACUCGACUGUGAUUGUCAACAGUGUACAAGUAGCGUUCAAGAACUUUUUUUUUCCCAUUUCUGAUGGUUUCUUGGGUUUCUAAAGGAACUAAUUGCCAAACAUAAUGCGUUUUUACCAUAUCAGGGUUUAUGGAUGGCUAAUUUUCACAGCUAAUCAACUGUUUUUAUGAGCUGAGCGUAUGAUAAACUAUAUAGUCUGAUGGAGGUGGACAAAAAAAAAACCUUUUCACUUAAUAAAAGCACUUUAUAUGACUUCAA